GUAGCAGCAGCACAAGCUCAUAAAGAGUCUGGUGAGUCCUGUGAGAGGACACUUACAUUUAACUACAGAGACUAUAAAACUCUGAAUAAGAUAAAAUGGAUAAUGGAUGCUUUUGUUCAACCAGCUGCGAUAGGCUUUCAAAUCCUAUCCUCUACAACAUCCUCAGCCAAAUGGAUAGCAGCAAAUCAAGCCAGGACAGCUUCAACUACAGUUCGGUACCUCAUAGAUGCAACUGUGAGGUGCGGAGGACAGUGUGCUUGAAAAGACCGUCCGAGAUUUGUAAAGAAGCCUCGGGGGUUCUGGUUAAAACCCUCCAUUUCAUGAAGAAUUUACCUGCCUUUAACCAGCUGCCUCCCAACGACCAGUUCGCACUUCUCAAAAGCUGCUGGGCGCCGCUGUUCAUUUUGGGUCUGGCUCAGGAGCACGUGGACUUUGAGGUGACGGACACCCCAGCUGACAGCAUGCUGAAGAAGAUCCUCCUGAACCGCCAGGAGAGCCCCGAGGCGGAAAGGGAGCAGCCAACCAUGGCCGGCGUCAGCAAACUCAACUCCUGCCUCAAAAAGUUCUGGAGUUUGGAUUUGAGCCCAAAGGAAUAUGCAUACCUCAAAGGGACCACGAUAUUUAAUCCAGAUGUGCCAGAUUUAAAGGCAGCCCUCUUUGUGGAAGGACUGCAGCAGGAGGCUCAGCACGCCCUGAGCGAGGUGGUCCAGCUCCUUCACCCUGGGGACCAGGACCGCUUCGCUCAAAUCCUCCUCACAGCCUCCAUGCUUCAGAGCAUCACACCCAGCAUCAUCACCGAACUCUUCUUCCGGCCGGUGAUAGGCCAGACGGAUCUGCUGGACCUGCUGGUCGACAUGCUCUUCUACAGAUAGAAGAUUUGGAUUUCAUUAUAUAUAUAAAGACACUGUCCUGGAAAAAUUUGAAUCGUUUGUUUAGAAGUAAUGACGCAGAACUUUUUCUUCACAACAGAACUUUUUCUUCACAACCAAAACAUUGUUCCAUCAUGUAAUGAAAGGACACCUUUAAAAAGCACUUACAAUAGCAAACCAAACAAACAAACAAACAAAAAAAAACUGUGAAUGGAUGUACAUGGGAUUAGGAAUUGCUUACAUUUACAAUGAAGCUGAGGUCACUUUAACCCAGUCCGAAAAGAUUUUAUCCACUGAAGCGGAAAAACAGUCCACGAGAAGACAGACGUUACCCGUCUGUCUAUGUACUUGAUCUAUGUUGAAGAUUUUUGUCGUCGUUGUUUGUCUCACUGCUGUAAAUAAGUGUUUAAGACGUUUCUAAUAAAUAUAUUUUUCUACCUGAACACAA